GGCAGCACGGACCCGAGAUGUCAGGGCCUGUUCCCAGAGCCCCCGCAGCUCCGUCAUUCCCACCUCUCCCUCCAGAGCUUGUGGCACAGUCCAUAAGCACCAGCGGGGCUUCCAGAAACAAUCUCUGACAGUCACAUCUGGGGGAUGACUCCUUUCUUUCCACACCCCAGUCUUGCUGGUCUUUUCAUCAUUGGAAAGUGUAGGAAGGAUACAGGUAGGAAUUUUCCUAUGUGUCCUGUUUCCUGAUGGUGGAAUGGACACAAAAUCCAGGUGCCUGGCUCUCUAGAACCCAAUAUUAUAAAUUAGGAAAGGAUUGGGCUGGGACUGGGGGCCUUGGCUUCUAGUUUCUAGGAGACAUGGACCCGCUGAACCGCACACGGACCCUGAGUUUCCUUCUUGCUGGUUUCGCGGCCCCUAGGACGCUGCGGCCCCUGGCGUUCUUGGGCACCCUGUGCAUCUACAUCCUCACGCUGGCCGGGAACUUGUUCAUCAUUGUGCUGGUGCGGGCAGACGCGGCACUGUCCACGCCCAUGUACUUCUUCCUCAGCGUCCUCUCCUUCCUGGAGCUCUGGUACGUCAGCACCACGGCGCCCACGCUGCUGCACACGUGGCUCCACGAGCGCUCACCCAUCCCGGCCGCUGCGUGUUUCAUCCAGCUGUACGUCUUCCACUCCCUGGGCAUGACCAAGUGCUACCUGCUGGGGGUCAUGGCACUGGACCGCUACCUGGCCAUCUGCCGUCCGCUGCACUACCACGCCCUCAUGAGCAGAAAGGUGCGGUUGUGGCUGGUGGGGGCCACGUGGGGGGCCGGCUUCUCCGCGGCACUGGUACCAGCCGGCCUCACAGCCAGUCUGCCCUUCUGCUGGAAAGAGGUGGCCCACUACUUUUGUGACCUGGCCCCACUGAUGCGGCUGGCGUGUGUGGACACAGGCUGGCACGCUCGAGUCCACGGAGCAGUGAUUGGUGUGGCCACUGGCUGCAACUUUGUGCUCAUUUUAGGACUCUAUGGGGGUAUUCUGAGGGCUGUGCUGAAGCUGCCAUCAGCGGCCAGCCGGGCCAAGGCCUUCUCCACCUGUUCCUCCCACAUGACCGUGGUGGCCCUCUUUUAUGCCUCUGCUUUCACGGUGUAUGUGGGGCCACCUGAGAGCCGCUCCAAGGGCAUGGACUCGCAUAUCGCCCUGGUGUAUGCCCUUCUCACCCCUUUCCUCAACCCCAUCAUCUAUACCCUCCGCAACAAGGAGGUGAAGGAAGCCAUCAGAAGGGUCACCCAGAGGAUCAGGGCUAUGUUGGAGGGACCCUGAUGAUCUCUAUUGUCACAGCCCAGCUGCCUGGCCACAGUGGGAAGCAGCUGAUCACUUAGUCAGUCAUCUGGUCAGAGUGACAGUCAACACCAGGGAGCAAACCCAUCGAUCUAUUUGUCAAACAUGCAGCCAACGGCCGACUCAGGAGGACAUAGUCCAGGAUAAUCAGACCUGGAAGAUGUAGAGGGAAGGGAGAUUUAUCUUUGAUUCCAUUCCAGUCUCACAGGGGGAAAAAUGCCACAAAAGAGAAGGGGGAAAAAAACAGGGGCUCAAUGUAAAUGGUUUUGCUGAACCCCUAACCUGGGGAGAGAGCACAGCCCUGGACGGGGAGACAAUCUGAAGCUAAGGGGGGCCGUGUCCCAGAGGAAGGGAUUCGUGGCAGAAAGCAGCGGCCCGAAGCUCUGACCCCGAUGUGAGGCGGUGAGCACGGGCAGAGUGGAUGGCCCUGUGGGUGAGGCUGGGAGCUGGACGCGAGGGCUUGCUCUCCCCUGGGGCACGAGCGCGGUGGGAACGCUGAGGGUGUUGUUUGCUUUCUCACCAAGCAUCAUGUUUCUAAACAGAAACAGAAACCAAGCAGCAAAGAGCCUUGCCUGUCUGGUACGCUAGGCACACAGGUGCCAAGUAGAAAACAGGUCGAAAUAGAAAGUCGGGUUUCAUUCUGCGCCCU